AUGGAGAAUCAGAUACUACUUGACAUAAGAUCGGUUAUAGACAGUGGACUUGUGACUGAAAUAUUUAGCCAAAAUAGUCCAGGUAGUUCUGAAAACUUUAAUUUGGAAACUGCAUUAAUUAAUAAUCCCAUUGAAGAGGAAUUGUCAUCUAAUCAAGACAAUCACUUAUGCACCGUAGCUGUGGGAGAGACUUUGUUAGAUCAUUUUAAGUAUCCUCUUACUUUUGAAAAUCAAAAUACGCUAGCAAAAGUUGAAAUAUAUCCGCAUGGAAACAGCAGCUGUGACAAUGAAGAUCUUGAAAAAUACAAGGAAUUGAAUUUCCCAGAAGAAGCUGAACAAUCUUCCAGUGGUGUCUGUGGCUUACCUCAGGCUAGUGCUUCUGUGUACGAUGAAAUUGCUGAAGUAAGAGAGGCAGUUAGUAAUGUUAUGGAGAAUGACCAAGAUGAAGCCAUUUUUCAGAAUUCAAAUGUAGGCGAAUCUAGCUGCAAGUUAUUAGCAUUGCACAGUGUACUGGAGGAACCCAGCUGUUCACACAAAAAUGAUUCCAAUCCUGUGCUGAUAUGCCAGUUGGAUGGAAGUACUCAAAUACUCUGUAUAAACAGUUCUGGCACAAGAGAACUAAAAACAGUUCAUUUAAUUCCCCAGUAUCAAGACCAACAUAAUUAUCUUCAAUCAGAUGUGGGCAACCCUGUAGCAGCUGUACUUGGGCAGUUUUUGCCAGUUCCAGGUAAACUAGAUUUGAAUGAAAAACAGUUUGAAAAUGGAUCCUUACAAUCAGUAGCUAGCACUGCCACAUACCAUUCAGAAUCGAAUCUGCAAGGACCACUGAAAAUGACUUCAGUUGGAUAUUGUGACUGUUUUGCUAAUGGUGAUUUUUGCAACAACUGCAACUGCAAUAAUUGUUACAACAAUCCACUUCAUGAAAUUGAGAGAUUUAAGGCCAUUAAGGCCUGUCUUGAUAGAAACCCAGAAGCUUUUCUACCAAAGAUUGGGAAAUGGAAACUGGGAGAAAUUAAACCUCGCCACAACAAAGGGUGUAAUUGCAAGCGCUCAGGAUGCCUUAAGAAUUAUUGUGAGUGCUUUGAGGCUAAAAUUAUGUGUUCCUCUAUUUGCAAAUGCAUUGGUUGCAAAAAUUAUGAAGAAAGUCCAGAUGAAAAAAAACAGUUGAAUAUGCCAAACUACAUGGACAUUGGAAAUAAUAAAGGAAAUAGUCCAGUUUUAACAUCAGCAUUUGAAAUGUUACCAAAAUCGAAGAAAGACAGGCAGACAGCUGUAUGCAUAUCUUGGGAAGAAGUGAAAGCAACAUGUGCUUGUCUCCUGGUGCAGGCUGAAGAGGCAGAAAAAGGAGGUUACUCUGUUUGUCUAGCUGAACGAAUGAUCAUGGAGGAAUUCGGGAGAUGUUUAUCCCAGAUACUACAUGCAUAA